CGGUACCACUAGCACUCCACUGAAUAGGCGUCCCCAGCGCACGGAGUCUAAGUCCCAGGGUGCUUGUUCACCAGGGCCCCUGAUGGUGGGGAUGGACUUGGAGCCCCCUGAGACCAGGUCGUGGCUACUGGGUGCGUCCGUCUGUGGUAGUGGUAUGCGCCAAGGGCUCCCACGGGAAAGAGUCUGAUAUGAGGAGGUCAGAAGACCCCACUGCAAGGGAUGGAUGGAUGAGCAAGGUCCGAUGGGCCGAACUCGAAUGCCGCGGCCGGCCCGGACCUAGGCAGUGCACUGCGCCUGCGCCGGGACCAUCGCGGCGGGGAUCGAGGAGA